UGAAAAAUGUCGAGUGUCAGAAUAGGUGGUAGAUGUACGUACGUCUAGCUGUUGUUGUGUUCACAAAUUCACUAAGAAAGCAAUUGCUGUAUUUUAUAUAAUCAAUUAUAUGUGAUAAAAUAGUAGUUUACAUUGGGCUGUUUCUAGUUAAGUUUAAUACAUUUUAUUUGACGUUAUCCAAUACCGUGCAUAAUACAAACAGGUUGACACUACAAUACACUGAAGUUGAAGAAUAUUAUUGUGCGAACUACCAUGUCACAGAAUGCGCUGGUCGGGAUGGAGAGUUCGGCUGUUACCGUGCUAACGAGAGCUGUGGAACUAGAUACGAGCUCGAGGUUUCAGGAGUCCCUUAUCUGUUACCAGGAAGGCAUCCAGUUACUGUUAGACGUGUUAAAAACUACUAAAGAUGACUCAAAGAAGCCCCAUUACAGACAGAAGAUAAAGGGUUACAUGGAGAGAGCAGAGCAGAUUAAAAUCCGUCUAAAUCAAGAAAAAGAAGAGGGGAAGUAUCAUGAGCAGAUCAAAAUCACAGAGAAUGCCAAAGGCUUUAGUUUUGAAAAGCUUUUUAAACCCUACAUUAAUGAAGCAUUAACUGAAGUCUGGGUGGAGGAUCCUUACGUCAGACACAUUCAUCAGCUGUAUAACUUUUUGAGGUUCUGUGAGAUGCUUUUGAAGUCUCCUUGUGAAGUCAAGACUAUCCAUCUGCUGACAUCCCAAGAUGGUGAAAACACAAAUCAGCAGACAAGUGCUCUUACUGAGAUUCAACAGUCGCUUAAGACACAUGGGAUAACACUGACGAUUGACUAUUCCACAACAAUCCAUGACAGGGAAAUCAGGUUCAAUAAUGGUUGGAUAAUAAAGAUUGGUAGAGGACUAGACUAUUUUAAAAAGCCACAGAGCCGGUUUUCCAUUGGCUAUUGUGACUACGACUUGAGAGAGUGCCAUGAAACCACUGUAGAUGUUUUCCAUGUAAAGCACACAAAGCAAACAUAACGGCAGACAGCUCUACUAAUGUUUUACAUCAAUAAGACACCAAAGAACCUUUUAUUAGCCUCCUUCUGCUGGCAGUUACAUGUAAAUCCUAUUGCAGUUGAAGAGUCCUGAUAUAGAAUAUAGAGGAAAUCGCUGCAUGGUGUACUGCUUUAUUACUACUCUGUAGCAUAUAUUCCCUUCAAAAUGGGGUUUGGAAUAAGGUAGGUUAUGGGGAUCAUAUGAGUGCUUUAAAAUUUCUUACCUAUUAUUGACACUAUUAGGAUUUUUCUGUAUUUGCUUGCUUUUUUCAGGAUUUUUUAAAUUAAUUUUGGUACCCAAUCCCUUCCCGUCUUGUGGUCAUAUAAAAUAGACAAGCAAAGAACCAAGAUCUUGAGCACAGAAACAGUGACAGUGGUAAAGUUGCUAGUGCAAAUAAUAGGUACGAACGUGGAUUUAAAUGGCUACCCUUUAAGUGUAGUUUUGUAUCACUGUUUCUUCCUUCAAAUCCAAAUUUCUACUUGUCUGUUGCUUGACAAUAGAUAGCUUACGUGAUACCUGUGAAAGACAAAAUUAUUACAUUCUCACAGAAAUACACAAUAAUGUCCAGAAUAGAUAGAUAGUGUAGUCCGGAAUAGAUAAAUAUGUAUAUGAUUUUUUUUUUAAACCUGUAUAUUCAUUUAAUAAUGCACUGUUGAACAAUUUUGACACUUACUGUAAAUGUUAAUUCUUCUGCAUCGUGACUGAGUUACUGUAUGUUUCUAUAAUUUUUGCCAUUUGCAGCCAAAACUGCUAUUUUUAGUCAUGUGACCAUUAUGCAAGAAUGGAUGGAAAUAUGGUGUAUUGUGCCUUUAAUGUCAAGUUAAAUACCCAAUGUUAAAUGCACAAUCAAUAUUUUAAAGCUAGACUCUUGAAUUAUUUAAAUUUAAAUUUGUGUAUUAUUGUUUUGCGGCUUACG